GGCCCGCGGCCAGCUGCCGCUCCGCGACCAGUCCGACGAUUCCGCGAGCCGCGGGAGGCCUCUCUCUCGCACCCAUGGGGCGCCCCGUGCCGGUGCGAGAGAGGUAGUCCGACGGCCGCACUGUGCGCGAUCAGUCUGUCAAGGCGGCUAGCCAUGGCUAGCCGUGGCUAGCCAUGGGCAACGGGUAGCCCGCUGGGCUGGAGUCGACCGCCAUCUCUGGACCGCCACACCACGCGCCUAGAGCCCCGCGAGUCUGCGGCGGCCUUCGAGGCCUCGCCGCUUCGAGAGCCCGAGGCUCGAGGGGCCUGGCCGGCCUGGCCGCGCCGAUGGAGCGGAUCUAGACCUCUGCGUGGGUGUGUUGACGCUGAUUCCCCCUUCAAGAAUGUCAUCGAACCAGUUUGAUGAAAAUGUCAUCGGUCUGUGUUGACAUUGCCGUACAAGGGCUUGCUCUCCACCCCGAACAGGAUGGAGCUGCCAUGGACGACGCCGUCACGUGUGACCGUGGUGGCGGCUGACGCCACCAAGCUCAAGAUGACGGCGGUGCGGCGGGGAUCGGUUGGUGUGCAGGCUGCCGCGCUGCUGCUCACCGCCUACCUGCUCACCAUGGACAUGGUGCUCAUGCUGCGGCUGCAGACGAUGGAGGGGACGGAGCCGGACCCGGUGCGGCCGUCGAACGCGUUCAACUCGUCCUCGGUGACGGUGGAGACGGCCACGCACCCCAGCAUCCACUGGCGCGAGCUGCUGAUCCCGGACACGGCGAUCAAGGGCCUCUUCAUGGACCCCAUGAACCAGCACAUCUUCAUGCCGCUCGCCAAGCUCACAGAAGUUGGCCUCGACCUGCACACGCGGUUCCUGUGGCUCAGCCCGGACCGCAUCUCCGUGUCGCACGUGCUGGUGGCGGCCGUGGGCAUGCGCUUCUUGGCGUGCCGCUCGUCGCUCGGCGCGCGGCAGGUCGGCGUGCUGCUGUUCGCCGUGCGCUUCUACCUGGACGCCCUGGACGGCGAGGUGGCGCGCGCCGUCUACAAGAUGAAGCUGUCCGACCCGGGCAUCGGCUCGCACGGCCACCUCGUGGACGGCGUGUGCGACCUGGCCGGCGUGGUGUGCCAGCUGCUGGGCACGCUGGUGCUGCUGCGCGCCCACAAGGAGUGCGCCGGCCUGGCCGCCGCCGCCACGCUCACCAUGGAGUGGGCCGUGCUCAUCGCCGCCUCGUCGCUGGGCUGGAACUCAGCCAUCAGCCGCUUCCACGACAUCCUGGAGCCGCCCGCCACACCCGACCCCGUGGCCCGGCUGCUGGUGAUGCGCUCCGUGUGGCUGUGGGUGGUGGCGUGGCUGUGGAGGGUGCUCAACCCGCACGCGCUCACCGCCAUGCUGCUGGGCGCCGUGUUCGUCGACAGGCAAUGGGAGUUCGCGUCGUGGGCGUGGAAGCGCGUGGCCGUGCUGCUGCUAGUCCUGGUGCUCCUCACCGAGGUGGAGCUCCGCAUCGCCAGCAUCACGCUCAGCAUCCGCUAGUUUGCCAUUUCUCGUUGGACAUUCCCCGUAUGUACUGCCCAGUGAGUCGCCACCGCGGUGGGUGACGCUUUUGUGACUGGUGAAAACUGGUGAAACCUGGUGAAACCGCCCCUGUGCGUUAUGGGGCGUCGAAGCCGUGCAGCGCUCCUUUGUGAUUCAAACUCGUCCCGCCUCGGCGCGAGCCAAGGCACUGUAAGGCACUGCCAAAGCACGGGCCUCCAAGUGCGAGCUAGUCGUUCUCUGUGAGAAUUCGGACGGGGUCUGGCGGCCGCUGGCGGCAGGGCGUACAAACUUAACGAGUUUUUACGUUGUUUUUUUGCAACUUUUAGAUUUGGAGUUUUUUUUUUUGUAAACGGCUGGAGGUAAAUAAAAAUUAUGCACAUGAUAACUUGAAUUCGAAAUUAAUAUUUUAAAAUUAAGUUGCUUAACUUUUUUUACCUCUAGUUGGUUACUAGACAGGGGCACCCGAAAUUUUAAUUAAAAUACAAUAAAAGUUUGCACGCCCUGCCUGUCGGUCCCGUCCGACCAACCAAGAGGUUCUGAAGAGUCGUCGUUUCGUCGCUCUGUCUCUGUCGCACCCUACGCGCUGCCCCACGGGUGCGACAGAGACAGCGACGAAACGACUCUCCGGAGUCAGUCUGCAGGAACGGGUGGUCGAAGCGACGCGCGUUUAUUCGAUACAGACUCGCUGCCCUGCUCGUCGGCUCUGUUUCGAAUCGGCCUCGUCUCCACCAUCCGUUUCUCAGCUGUUGACGUGUGUUGUGUUGGAAACGAUCUGACUGUCGUGUUUCAGUGUAAGACUUAAUGCCAUGAAAUCUCUGCAGUCUCUCUGGAGUGUGUAAUUAAUGUGAAGUGUUGUGGGCCCGAAUGUGAGGCCACGGAAACUGUUAACUCUGAACAGAGUGAUUCACAGAAUAUUUGUUUUUAAGUACCGUUUGAAGAUCUGAUAUUUUCCGCUGUUGUUAUAUGUAUAUUUUUAGUGUCUGAUCUGUUCGUGUGCUCGUGCGAAACAUGUGGAUGUUAAUGUGUGUUGUAUUCGUGUCAGCUGUGUGUAAACUCAACGAAAGUCUGGUUUUUACGGGUCCAUAGUCCGUAUCUUGAAAAUUGUUUUUGUUAGACUGUAAGAACGAUCCACAUUUUGUAAUAAUCGUCAUGUUCAACCGGUUAUUUUAUGAAUUCCAAAUCGGAUCGAAUGUUAUCGAGUUCGGCGUUCCAAGCAAUAAUUUAAGUGCGAUGCUUCUUGCAGUGUUUCAAACGUUGCGCGUUUUAACCAAUUAACAACUUCAACUAAUUGUUACUCUGUGCUCAACGUUUGUUUUUUCCUUUCGCUGUUUUUUGUUGACGACGCACGACCGCAUGGAGGCAGGAAUCUCACGCCGAUUGGACCUUUGCUCAAUGUUUACCUGAUUCCUGAGUACCGCUGUGUUGCACUGGACAUGGCAUGGCGAAAUAUAACCGGCGCGAGCCGAAAGACUGUUUUCUUUGUGAUGUAAAUGCCGACUGUCUUCUGCUAAUAUUGUGUUUUAUAGUGUUCAAUAAAUGAUUGUUUUUCUUUUUUUUUCUACGCAAA